GUCGCUGUCGACUAACAUGGGAUCUUCGGAGAGUCCCCAGGACGAUGAACCUCCACCUUCUCACAGGCGUGAACUCAGGAGGUCGCCAUCAGGUGCAUCACCACAGCCUCGGCCGCCGCCUCAGCCUCCUCGCGAGCCAGAACAUGAUCUUAAACCACUGGAUACUAUACACUAUCUAAUGAAGAACCCCGUUCUCUGUGAUCCCGUAAGGACUCCCCGCUACCCUAUCGUCUUGUGCCAUGGUUUGUAUGGUUUCGAUGUACUAGGGCCUUCUGCUUUCCCAGGUCUUCGACUGCAUUAUUGGUCAAACGUUCUUAGCAUCCUCAAGAAGAAAGUUGGUGCAGACGUGAUUGUCACAUCGGUCCCAGGGACUGGGUCUAUCGCAUCUCGAUCUGAGAACCUGGAUCGCUUACUGCAAGAGAAAGCUCGAGGUCGGGGUGUAAACCUCAUGGCUCAUUCCAUGGGAGGUCUAGACUGUCGACAUCUAAUCACACACGUCAAACCGACGGAAUACACUCCACUUUCCCUGACCACUGUCAGUACUCCUCAUCGAGGCAGCCCCUUCAUGGAUUGGUGUGCGGAUAACAUUGGGCUUGGGAAACUUCGCCAGAAAGAGCUCCAAGAUAAGUUGGCAUCUGCAGAGAUUCACUCGAUGAGGUCCCAGUCGUCAUCCACAGCUCCUCAGGCCGAGAAAUCUGAUUCGCAUUUCUCAUUCUCUUCGUUACCAUCGUCUUUUACUACUCUUCUAAUAUCAGUACUCGACUCUCCUGCCUACGCGAAUUUAACAUCUACCUACCUCAACGACGUCUUCAAUCCCGCCACACCAGACGAUCCUCGCGUCAAAUACUUCAGCGUCACAGGGCGCACUGAUAGUGUAAGUGUAUGGCACCCCUUUUGGCUUCCAAAGAUGGUACUGGACGGCUCAGAGGAGAAAGUACGAGAUAAACUGAAGAGGGAUUGGAUGAGCUCGGGACGGGAGCUCUCACAAGAGAAACCACCAUGGGAAACCGAAGAACAAUGGGGAAACGACGGUCUCGUUACGGUGCAGAGUGCACGAUGGGGUGAAUUCUUGGGUAUCGUGGAUGAUUGCGAUCAUUGGGAGAUCAGAGGUGCAAGCGGGAUCGAACUCAACGUGGACUUUCCUUCAGUACCCUUGGCAAGCAUAGGAGCUAACGUGGGUCUGGAUGGAUGGAGCAUUGCAGAUUGGAGAAAAUUCGCAGGUGCUUGGCGGAAGCAGGAGAAGAAAGAGCAGGGCAAUGACUCCCAUUCAGUCGUACGCGAAGCCGUUGCCCCUGCUGGCAAGUUGACAAAGGCAGAAAAAGACCGCAUUCAAGAGGGAGAACGAAACGAUCCAGUCAUCAAAUCUUCGACGGACAAGCUCUCGGCUGUUUUUGACUGGCUUGCGGACCAACCAACAAAGCUAUCAUCCAAAGGGAAAGAUUCAGGGGAUCUCGCACUGAAGAAAGAAAAGAAACUGCCUAGGAAUGAUAAAGUGGAUCUGGAGAGGUUUUACAUGGCGUUGUCGAAGAAGUUGUAUGACGAAGGACUAUGACACUGUUGUCCAGCUUAUUGUGGAAGGGUACUAGUCACUGUAUUUGUAUGGAGAAUCAAUACUCAUUAUUUAUGCU